UUAGGCCACUCUUUACGGUACCUUUCCCAAUUUUUCAUUGGAUUUAUCAUGGGAUUUUCAUCAGUAUGGCAGCUUACAUUACUCACUCUAGCAAUUGUUCCAUUAGUGGUCAUUGCUGGUGGCACAUAUACCAUAAUAAUGUCCAGUUUGUCAAGGAAGGGUGAGGCUGCGUAUGCUGAAGCAGGGAAAGUUGCAGAAGAGGUGAUCUCACACAUCCACACUGUGUGCUCAUAUGUUGGGGAAGAGAGAGCAAUUGAAGCUUACUCAAGGUCACUUAAAACUUCCCUGAAGUUUGGUAAGAAAAGUGGGCUUGCGAAAGGACUGGGGUUGGGGUGCACAUAUGGCUUAUUAUUCUGCUCAUGGGCAUUACUUCUUUGGUAUGCUGGAAUCCUAGUUACCCAUGGAGUAACCAAUGGUGGUAAAGCAUUCACAACAAUACUAAAUGUUGUCUUCAGUGGCUUUGCUCUUGGACAAGCAGCUCCAAACCUCAGCUCUUUUGCAAAAGGUCAGGCUGCAGCUAAGAACAUUCUCAGCAUAAUAGCAAAGGUUCCAGAAUAUUCAGGAACAUCAGAGAAUGGAUUAGUCUUACCAGAAAUUGCUGGCCAAAUUGAGUUCCGUCAAGUAUCCUUUAACUAUCCCUCGCGGAAGGACAUGGUAUUCAAUGAUCUAAGUUUUUCAAUUAGUGCUAGUAAAACCAUUGCAAUAGUGGGCCAAAGUGGAUCAGGAAAGAGCACUAUCAUUUCUAUCAUUGAAAGAUUCUAUGAGCCAACAUCAGGUAAAGUGCUGUUGGAUGGCCAUGAUAUAAAGAACCUCCAACUGAAGUGGCUAAGGAACCAGAUGGGACUUGUCAGUCAGGAACCAGCAUUGUUUUCUACUUCUAUUGCUGAAAAUAUUAUAUAUGGAAGAAAAGAGGCAGACAUGGAAGACAUUGAAGAGGCUGCAAAAGUUGCAAAUGCUCAUUCUUUCAUACAAGAUUUACCUGAUGGCUACUUAACUAAGGUUAGUGCUGCAUCUGAGACCAUCUCCGCAAUAUGCCUCGAGUCGUUAUAUAUUAAUAAACAACUGAUGCUCUCUCUCUCUCUCUCCCUGCCUCCCUCCCUCCUCCAAUUUAAGGUGGGAAUGGGGGGAAUGCAGCUUUCUGGAGGACAGAAGCAGCGAAUUGCCAUUGCCAGGGCAUUACUAAGAAAUCCUAAAAUUCUGCUGCUGGAUGAAGCCACGAGCGCUCUGGAUGCAGAAUCUGAAUGCCUAGUUCAGCAUGCAUUGGAGAAAGUAAUGUUCAACAGGACAACAGUCAUAGUUGCACACAGGUUAUCUACAAUCAGCAAUGCUGAUACUAUUAUGGUGUUAAAAAAUGGCAAAAUUGCUGAAUGUGGGACACAUAUGGAACUAAUAUCCAAGGGACAGAAUGGAGAGUAUGCCAUGCUGGUCGGUACUCAGGCACCGGUAAAUAACAAAGAGAGGCACCCGGAUUAUAGUAAGGAUUCAGCGGUUUCUUGUGGAACAUCACCUAAUGUUCCUGAAAAUGAACUAAAGUAUGAGAAAGAGAAUUCCGUGAUCAUAAGAGAUCAGGAGAGCCAAGAAUCUUGUUGUCCACCUAGGUCAGCAUCAAUACCAUCAAUUUGGACAGUGUUUAAACUAAAUAAAUCAGAGUGGUCAUUUGCAAUACUGGGAUCAGUUGGUGCAACAUUAGCAGGUGUAGAAGGUCCUCUGUUUGCUCUAGGGAUCACACAUGUCCUGACUGCAUUUUAUUCGCAUGAUAAGAUACAGAUCAAGCAUGAGAUUAAGAUGGUUUCUCUCAUUUUCAUCGGAGCAGCAAUUAUAACUGUACCCGUAUAUCUCUUGCAACAUUACUUCUACACAUUAAUGGGAGAGAAGCUUACCACUCGUGUUCGCCUCCUUAUGUUCUCAGCCAUCCUUGACAAUGAGAUUGGGUGGUUUGAAUUGGAUGAAAACAGCAGUGGAUCAUUGACAUCAAGCUUAGCGGUCGAUGCAACAGUGCUGCGAAGUGCACUUGCCGAACGGAUGUCAACCAUGGUUCAGAACAUCUCACUUACUGUAACAGCAUUUAUUAUAGCAUUUCUGCUCAGUUGGCGCAUGGCACUGGUUGUUGUUGCAACCUUUCCUCUUCUCAUCAGUGCUUCAAUAGCCGAGCAUCUAUUUCUUAAGGGAUUUGGAGGAAAUUAUACUUGUGCCUACUCUCGAGCAAAUUCUGUGGCCCAAGAAGCCAUCACAAACAACCGAACAGUGGCAGCUUUCGGUGCAGAAGAUCAGGUCUUAUCCAACUUCACUCAUGAAUUACACCAGCCAAACAGGCAAGCUCGCCUACGUGGGCAUAUAUCAGGAGUAGGCUAUGGUUUGUCCCAGCUCUUUGCAUUUUGCUCAUAUGCACUUGGCCUUUGGUACGCAUCGCAGCUUCUUAAGCAUGGAACUUCAGAUUUCAGUGAUAUUAUGAAGUCCUUCAUGGUGCUGAUAAUCACCGCACUUGGAGUAGCAGAAGCACUAGCUCUAACCCCUGACAUUGUAAAGGGAUCACAAGCUCUUGGCUCGGUCUUUUCUCUACUUGAAAGGAAAACUGCCAUAAACCCCGACGACCCAAAAUCAGAAAAGGUGGUAGAAGUCAAGGGGGACAUAGAAUUCAGGAAUGUUACCUUUAGGUACCCCACCAGGCCCGAUGUCACUGUUUUGAAGGACUUGAACUUACAUGUGGCAGCAGGAAGAAGCCUCGCAAUAGUGGGAAGAAGUGGCUCAGGAAAGAGCUCUCUGCUUGCACUGAUAAUGAGAUUUUACGACCCCAGCAGCGGGGAAAUUCUGAUAGAUGGCAAGGAUAUUAGAGGUUUAAAUUUGAGAUCCUUGAGACAAAGAAUUGGCUUUGUUCAGCAGGAGCCAGCACUCUUCUCCACCACGGUUUCUGAAAACAUCGCAUAUGGGAAGGAAGGCGCUUCAGAAAUUGAGAUAAUGAGGGCUUCUAAAGCUGCAAAUGCUCAUGGUUUUAUCAGUCGACUUGCUCAAGGAUACGACACUCAUGUUGGCGAGCGGGGUACACAACUAUCAGGAGGUCAAAGACAGAGAGUGGCGAUUGCCCGAGCGAUUUUAAAAGAUCCAUCAAUUCUUCUUCUAGAUGAGGCUACUAGCGCAUUGGAUACAGCCUCUGAGAGACAAGUUCAGGAGGCUCUGUAUAGGCUAAUGGAAGGUCGAACAACUGUCAUAGUUGCCCACAGGUUUUCAACUAUUCAAUAUGCGAACAUGAUUGUGGUGCUUCAAGAUGGCAGAGUGCAGGAAACUGGCACGCAUGAGGAUUUAAUCAGCUGGCCUGGAAGUGUGUAUGGUCAGCUAGUUCGACUACAACGGACUGGUGCAUUUCUCAACUAACAAGGUUGUCUCCAACCGGUAUAAAUGAUGGUUUCAACUUCUAGUUAAGAGUGCUGAUGCAGAACUGGAGUACAAGUAACGGUAGUCUUUUCUAUGUUGGUGAACUACUUCAUAUUCUCGAAAUCCUUUUAAACAGUGUGAGAAACUUAAUGCCGAUAUCGAAAUCCUCCUAUGCAUGCUUUUGAAGGGAUCAUAAAUUUUGAAGGGCUCAUACCAUAAUCUAUGUGUGCAUCAUAAAACUACCUCCAAGGGGCAAAUUCGUGAUCCCACAGGAGGCCUGUAACAAACACUCAAAAAGGGAUGCUGCUCUUG